AUGAGUGCUGCAAGUGCAACUCACCUGCAUCAUCAACAAGGUUCCAGUACAGGUGAAGCUCAUCGGAGCAAAUACAAGGGAGUUCGCAGGCGAAAAUGGGGGAAAUGGGUGUCGGAAAUUAGGGUUCCUGGUACGCAUGAGCGGCUCUGGUUAGGUACUUAUUCUACGCCGGAAGCAGCAGCGGUGGCUUAUGAUUUAGCUUCUUAUUGUUUAAAGGGACAGCAGUCGUCCUCGAUAAAUCAUUGUCUAAACUUUCCUCUAAUGUUGCCUGCAUGUGUAAGAGCCGACAUGUCACCCAAGUCCAUACAGAAAGCAGCUUCCGAUGCUGGUAUGGCGAUUGAUGCUCAAAUGAGACUAAACAGGGCGUGUUCACCUGGUAAUGAAUCCUGGGGAAACGAAGGUAGUAGUGGUGGUGGUUGUGCAGUUCUUGGGUCAUCAGAGACCCAAAUAAAUUGGGAAGACAUUGUGUGUAGUUGUGGGAGUUGUGAAGGAACCCAGAACAAAUAUAGUGGAGAGAGUUUAAGCAUCUCUGUUGAAGAUUAUUUAUAGUUUAAGCUCAUUUUCUUGGCUUUUCCUCAAUCUAUUGCUCUCUCUACGUUAUUUAGCCUAUGAUUAGAUGUGCAUAUAAUAUUAUAUUCAGUAUGCGCAAAUGAUGAUGA